GACACGUGCGGUGUGCAUGAGCGCUGCAGUUCGAGGCAGGUACCCACAAUGGGCCUAGUACGCUACGUGUUUACAUAUUAGUGAACCGUCCUCAAGAGCUAAAAAUACAUACAGCUAGGUUUCCUUGCUCUGGGAUAUGAACAGUCAACCAGAGAAGGACACCCAUAAGCAUGAAGAUCUGGACUCAGAAUUUAUACGUGCUGAUGCAUGCUGUAUUUCUUAUCAUUCUCACAUGCACUUUACAUCCACAAGUGGCCAGGGGGCAGUGCGUGCCCCCGGGAAGUACCCCCGGGCUGCGGGACUUGGUGCUGGGGAGAUGUACGGAGUACCAGGCCAUCGUACACCCAACACACUUCUGCGGCAACGACCAGCAAAGGAACAACUGCACUGAAAUAACAGAUAACUUCUUGACAGCGUUCUCCCAUCAACCGGCGUGUAACGUGACGUUCAGCCGCUAUGACAACUUCAUCCGGGCAGCUCAUACUGACGUCACUCGCAACAAGGCUAUGUUCUGGUCAGAUGUGUAUGGCGUCGUCCAACAAUACACCAAGCUCGGCCAGCGGGCCAUGGCCUUGGAAGACACUCUCAUAGGCUAUAUAGGUAACGGGCUGCGGUUCUGUGCUCAGGAAUCUCCUCCGGGUAUAGCAUACAACCAAGAAUGUCCAGGCUCGGACCAGACUGACACGUGUCCAUACAAUGCUGAGUUCUCCUUCUGGGCAAUGGCGUCCUCAAACUUCGCAUCCAAUGCUUCUGGAGACGUAUACCUCAUGUUGAACGCAAGUCAGGCCAAGGCGUUCUACAAUACAUCUUUCUUUGGAGUGUGGGAGUUACCUAAUUUAAAUUCCAGCAAGGUGACAAAGGCCAAUGUUCUGCUGGUGCACAUCCCAGGACAAACUGUCAGGUCAAAGUGCAGUAGUGAGAACAUCGCUUUAUUACAACGGAGACUAAGAGAGAGAAACAUCGACUCUUCUUGCGAGGACAGCCCAAGGGGCCCCCAAGCUAUGCUGUGUGUGGACUAUCCUAAUGAAAAGGAAUGUCAAGUGAAAGUAUCUACUAACGGCGCAUCCAUUAACAACGAUGCAAUUACAGGAUUCUACAUUUGUCUCACCGUCAUUUCUUUUAUAAGGAAUUUAAAUGUUUUCGAUUGCGAUGCCUCUCUGUCCGUUUAACUCAUUGAUGUUUUUCAUGGCCAAUAAACACUUUGUAUUAUCAUUUUCA